GGUCCCGCCCACAGCGCGCCGCAGAAACAGCACGCACGCUGCCGGCCUCCUUGGUCCCGGGAAAUGCGAACAACGGUUUGAGCCCUUGGGGUUCUUCGUUUUUUAUUUCCCCUCAAAAGGGACGCAUAGCACGCAGAUCUUAUUCCUUUUCUCCGGACGCACCCCUAGACGCUCGCGCGCGUUUAGGGCGCUCGCCGUUCUGUGAGGCUCUGUGGUGCACAGCUAGAACUAGACCUGCGUGCAUGAAAAGCGUAGCCGAGCUUCCCCGGCUCGCGUUGGCAUAUCCUGCGCGUACACUAUCCAGCCUGCAAUUCAUAAGAGCGGGCGACCCGCGUAUCGUCCGCAAUGUGGGGACUUCGCAGCUCAAGAAAUCUCUUUUAUCCUGUCAUCCGUGUUCUUCUUGCCCCUCGAGUCUCGUUGCUUUCUGCCGCCGAUCCGUCGGGCCCGUCAUUUUUCUUCCCUUUCUUCUUUCUUCCAGCAUGGUCGACAAAGUCGACAUCGAGCAGGUUGGCGACACGCGCCAUGUAGACGACAUCGCUACGCAGACUCACGAGGAUCCGCGGAGGGGGACGGGCGUUCACGCUGAGCACAUCGAUGCUUCCUACUGGUUCACGCCUCAUUUCUUGGGCUCCUGCGCCGCCAUUGUUUUUGUGGCCAACAGCUUGUUCUUUGGCUACGCCAUUCCGGUCAACAUUUUGAGCGUCAUUGAACAGGAUCUUGGGACGUCGACGGAUAUCUCUCUCGUUACUCUUAUCAACACUUUAUGUCAAGGCGUUGUCAAUCUGCUUGUUGGAUCGAUUAGCGAUAUUGUCGGCCGCCGCUGGUUCUUGAUCGGCGGCCAAAUCUUUGGAGUCGUCGGCUCAGUCCUAGGAGGCUCUUCGAAGAACGUCCAGAUGCUGGUCGGUGCAUCCGUAUUCACGGGCAUUGGAGCGGCUUGCCAGCUGACGUACCCUUUGCUUGUCAUGGAGAUUGUGCCGAACAAGUACCGCGGCUGGGCCCAGGGUGCUAUUACUAUGGCCGUCCUUCCAAGUCUGGGGUUCGGACCGAUUGUUGGUCGCGCCAUCAUAGAGAGCAGCAGCUGGCGUUGGACGUACUGGGUGGCUGCAAUCAUCAACGGGAUCGGCCUUGCGCUGCUUUUUGUGUUCUAUCACCCUCCAAACUUCUCAGAACUCCAACGUCGGAAAUCGGCUUGGCAGCAAGCCAAAGAGAUCGACUACUUCGGAUUCGUCAUUUACGCCGGCAGUGUCAUAUGUUUGUUGUUGGCGCUCACAUGGGGCGGGCAGCAAGAUCCUUGGAGUUCUGCAAAAAUUGUAGCCCUUCUUACUGUCGGCUGCGUCGUCCUUUUGGCCUUCUUCGCUUACGAAACAUUUAUGCCUCUUGCUCAGCCGCUACUGCCAGUCUCUCUCUUCAAGAUCCGAAAUUAUAGCAUCGCUGUCGUCGUAGGAAGUAUAGGCCAGAUGACGUAUUACGCAUUCAACGUCCUGUGGCCUACGCAAUCCACAUUGCUCUAUUCAACCAAUGUGAUCACCGUUGGUUGGCUUGGAUGUACGACAGGUGUUGCUCUUGCGGUCGGCGAAAUCGCCAUGGGUCCUUUGCUAAAACGCAUCGGACACAUCAAAAUCCAGCUGCUUGUUGCUGUUGUUGGACUAUGUGUUUUUGGUGGGCUGAUGGCGGCAGCGAAUGAGCAUCGUGAAGGUCUUGCCAUAGGAUGCACAAUCAUGUCCGGCUUCUUCGUGGGCUGGAUCGAACUCAUCUGUAUUGUUAUGGCUGGUUUAGUUUGUCCUCCCGAAGAAAUCGGUGUGGCGCAGACGUUCUUCAGCUCUACAAGAGCUGUCACGGGCACAGUUGCCACUUCUGUGUACCUCGCAAUAUAUGACGGGCGACUUGCCACCAACCUUCCCAAAAAAGUCCUGGAAUUUGCGCUGAACGCAGGUUUGCCAAGCUCAAGCUCAACCGCACUUCUAAACUCCUUGGCGAACGACACCACGGCUGCAUUCGAGCAGGUGCCAGGAAUGAGCGCGAAUAUCUUGACCGCGAUCGGCUCUGGACAUAAGAGUGCCUAUGCCGCCAGCCUCUCCACCGUUUAUCUCAGCAGUCUCGCAUUUGGAGGCUCGGCUCUCAUUGCUUCAUUCUUCGUCACCGACAUAAACAAAUAUUUUACGUCUCAUGUCAACAAGACGGUGGCUGGCAGAUCAGGGCGCGAAGGUGAAAAGGGCAAGGAGCUUGAUGAGCUCAAGAACGACAUGUAACAUUUGGAAUCAAAAGCACUAGCUAUGACAUACGAAGCGCCGCACAGUAAGCAUCUACACUAAGCAGGACUUGUGAAAAGAUGUUGGAAGUUUUUUGACACGUAAAAGAAGAGAUGCAACAGGUUUGGCCUCAAAGGAUCUCAGGUAUAUCGUAGCACGCGAUAGGCACCCCAGAUAGUAUUCGUGCCUGUAAAACUGCUAACCACUUCUAUAUAUAUUAUGAUAUCCAC